AGUUACACCUAGACUAGUCUAGAUCUAGCAUAGAUCCUAGAUUCAAGGCCUAAUUUUUGAAAUACUUAUUACUAUUAGGCCUACAUUUAGAUCUACCUGCAAUAUUUAAUUAGUGAGUCAGUAAUUUAAACACAUGAGGAUGUGAGCAUUACUCAGAAUGACUGCUACUUGGGAUGAAUUUAUUUCAGAAAACCUUUUAAAAAGUGGAUUGUUUACAGGUCUAUGUUUGCUAUCCAAUAGAAAAGAAAUUAUAUACUCAUACGGCUCUUUGAAAAAUAUAGACAAGGGAGAACAGGAUCAAAUUUUUAGUUUAUUUUCAGGAAAUAAAUUAGAAGAAAACCACACCUGUUUAAAGCUAAAAGUGGUGACUUCUAAUCAAAAUAGUGUAGAAAUUAACUUCAGGAUCUAUCAUAGGACACAAACUAGCAUAUAUGCGACGACAGAGGGUAAUAAGUUUGGAAUAACACUAAGUAAGCUGCCACACGGGGUAUUCGUUGGAUUGUUUCAGAAACCUGUCAUUGCUCACAAGGCUAUAGCCCUCAUUGAAAACUUCACCGAAAGACUAAGGCUCUAAAACAUUUGUACACAAGACACAUUUAGUCUAACUCAAUCUCUUCCCCUGUUGCAAUGGCAGACUUGUUGGAAAUAGCUGCUGCGGCUAAUAUUGAAAUUGUUGACGCUGCCCCAGGAGACGGUGGGGAUGUUGAGAGAAGUGGACAUGCUGAAGGUGGAUCUCUGUUGGGAAAUACAGGGCCAGCAGAGUCUGGGGAUUCCUGUGUGUAUCCUGAUGUAGCCGAAUAUGAAACCUUGUUCUCUAAUCGUUACACAGAGUCCGAUCCAGAUUAUGUCAAGGCAUUAAAUGACGUGGACAUCACCGUCCAGCCACCAUGUGUAACUGAUUUCUAUGUGAGGCGCCAGCGGGAUGGCAACUGGAACAGGAAUCGGGGUGGUUCUGGGAACUUUGGGGGUGGGGACCGGUAUAGAAACAGGAGUAACCACGGUGAUUGGGGUAGACAGGGUGGAGGCAACUGGGGUCGUGAAGACAGAUCUUAUAAUCAGCCUCGAAGUCAUGGUGACUAUCACCAGGGAGAUAGAGGCUACAGGGACAGAAGUAGGGAUGACAGAAGGGACAGGUCAUCUAGGUACUAACAUUUGUUAAAAUGUUGCUAAGUCAAAAAUGUUCUUUACUUUUAUUGGAUGAAAAUUGUAAUUUUUUGUGUGUGCAAAGGCAGCUUUGUGUUAAAUGAAUAAAUUUCAAGAUUUCUUUAUGUGAAUCCCAAUUAUUUCUUUUUUAGUACUCCAUUAGAGAUAACAAUAUGAAGAUUUUUUAAAAGUUGUUUUGUUUCUUGGAAAGCAGACCUGAUGAAUGCACAUGUUCAGCAUUACUGUUAAGAAAGUACUUGAUGUUUUAGGGUUUUUAUACAUCCUUAAUACUAUAAAGUAUAGUUUUUAAAUAUAUAGCCAUCCAAUAUAAUUCAAGCCAUCUGCUUUGUAAAUUUUCAAUGUCUCUGACAAUUAAAAAUAUCACAUGAAUACAGAAAUUUAUUAAAAUAAGUGUAUUUGCACCACACUUGGCAACUGAUGUAAUGAGACUUGACAGCUCUAUGAUGGGCAACAAGAUAAAUCUCAUGUCAAAUUCUGAUCUUAAAAUCUGUGUGAAUGUAUGCAGACUGAGUGUGCAAAAAGAA